GGAAGCGAUGGGGAUCGUUCUUCCUUCCUUAACGUUCUGAACUGAGGCUUCCUGCUUCUUCCAGCACAGAUUCCUACCUUGAGAGAGCAUAAUGAAGAAAAUCAAUAGGAAGUCGACCAAUGAGCAAGAUGCACUCUGCGCCCCACAACCUUGCAGUCCAGGAGGUCUUCAAAAUAUGUUGGAUGGAGGAGAGUAUGCCCCUUUUGUGUCUCCUCCCAUGUUAGAGAGCAAUUUUAUACAGGUCAACAGAAGAGGUGAAUCCAUUUACCUUCAUAAUCGAGCCAACUGGGUGACUGUAGGCAUCUGUUCUUCCAGUUCCACCCAGAAGACUCCCAAUGUGAUGCUGCUGGCACAUCUGACACCUGCUGCUAAAAAACGUUCAGAACCCCUGUUUGAAAGUCUCCUGACAUCCCCUUCUACAGGGAAGCUGGUGCUUACAAGGUUUCUCCCUCUGCAGUUUGUUACUCUUUCUGUGCAUGAUGCUAAGAACUUGCGCCUCAAAUUAAAGCUGGUGAGUGGCCGAGCCUACUACUUACAGCUCUGUGCUCCUCCAUAUAAACAGGAGGCCUUAUUUUCUCAGUGGGUGGACCUCAUCUCCCUCUUGAAUCAUGAGAAAAUCAAAGUUCUCAAAGCAUCAGAGGUCUCAAGCUUUUCAGAAAUCACAAAUAGCACAGAUAUCACAGCCUCCGUGGACAUCAUGGACAUUACAGAGUUCUCAACUAUACAGAACCCACAUCCGUACACAUGGACCAAAGGCAUUCAUGUCAUGGACAGCCUAGAUUUCUCGGAACUUGAAGAUGUCACCGACGUCACAGAUGUGACAGAUGUUCCAGAAAAUGAGGUCCCAGAGGUUCCAGAUGUAAAUAUCGUCACAGAAAUCACAGAAGUCGUAGAGGCCACAGAAGACACACAUAGCUCUGAUGCCUCAAACUUCUCAGGAGUCACUGUGGUGUUUGAAAAUGAUGACAUAAUAAGAGCCAAACAAGAGGAAAAGGAAAUAGUGGAAAGCACUAUGAAGCCUGGAUGUCUACGAGAUACAAGAAGUAAGAGUGAAUUCAAAGAAUCCUCAAAACAUGUCACCAUCUCAGACAUAACACUUACUUUCCAAGGUGAAAGGUGUUUUCAUACUACUUUGAGUGCAGCAAGAAGUGAGGCAAACAUAUCAAAAGAAAUGAGUGACAAAACCUCUGAAGAAAAGACAACUGAUUUAAAAAACACAGCUCUCAAGGCAGUAGACUCCAGUACAAAGUUGGGGUUCUUUAUUCUCAUAGAGUAA